GGUCUCCUGCUAAAUGCAUCCGGGAAGGUCAAACUAGGAGAUAGGCGGAGUCAGUGGCUUUCUCUUGACUCCGGCGGCUCAUGGGAACUAGUGUACUAUUAAUGGUGUAGCCCGGCCUAAUUUCUUUGUAUUAGUGGGUUUAUUUUUUGUCUCUUCACCUCAAACUAGGAAAUGGAAGUUGAAGAAAAUUUUUUCUCUUAAAACUUCUAAGCCUGUACCGUUUCGAAGAGCAGCCUGAUCUAUAAUAGAAGCGAUUUUUUAAUAAUAGUUUGAUCAGCAAUGCUGGCUCAAAAAGCUUCUGGAACAUACUGCAGCACCGAAUUUCUGCUAAGGAAACUAACAGACGUGAUUGCCGUUGAAAUACGAUUGUCUCCCAAGGUUCCAGUUAGGAAGUGCUGUAAUAAUUCUAAAGUCUCAUCUAAUUUUCCUGAUCAACUCAUGCUCUAAUCAAUGUGGAGGAAGAGGAAAGAAAAGAGAGAAAUGAGAUUCUAAGGUUUUUCUUGCUGGAUCUCUAAAUACCCACGCGCUGUCCACCAUGGCCAGCCGGGGUGGGGGCCGGGGUCGUGGCCGGGGCCAGUUGACCUUCAACAUGGAAGCCGUGGGCAUUGGGAAGGGGGAUGCUUUGCCCCCACCCACCCUGCAGCCUUCUCCACUCUUCCCUCCCUUGGAAUUCCGCCCAGUGCCUCUGCCCUCAGGAGAGGAAGGGGAAUAUGUUCUAGCACUGAAGCAGGAGCUACGAGGAGCCAUGAGGCAGCUCCCCUACUUCAUCCGGCCAGCUGUCCCCAAAAGAGAUGUGGAGCGUUACUCAGACAAAUAUCAGAUGUCAGGACCGAUUGACAAUGCCAUCGAUUGGAACCCUGAUUGGCGGCGUCUACCCCGGGAGCUAAAGAUCCGAGUGCGGAAGCUACAGAAGGAGCGGAUCACCAUUCUACUCCCCAAGAGGCCCCCUAAGACCACAGAAGAUAAAGAGGAAACAAUACAGAAACUAGAGACCCUGGAGAAGAAGGAAGAAGAAGUGACUUCAGAGGAAGAUGAGGAGAAAGAAGAAGAAGAAGAGAAGGAAGAGGAAGAAGAAGAAGAGUAUGAUGAAGAAGAACAUGAAGAGGAAACUGAUUAUAUCAUGUCAUAUUUUGACAAUGGAGAAGACUUUGGAGGUGACAGUGAUGACAAUAUGGAUGAGGCUAUAUACUGAAGAAGUACUCCAAAUAAUACCCUGGACCCACAUAUCUUUCUUGAUUUGGAGAUACAGAGAGUAAUUGUCCCUGUUAUUUGGUUUUGUGGACAAGUAAAUCAUUUGGUUCAGACCAAAUGGAGGAGAUAGGAAUAGAGAGUGAUGACAGCCUCUUUUCUACCCUUCCCUCCUUCCACCUUUGUAGCACCUCUCAUAUCUUGGGGAAGGUGCAAAGGACAAAUGUCUCAAUUGUAUGAAGGGAGAAAGAAGAGUAGAAAGAACUGGGGUUGCUAGAGCUGAGACAGCUGUACACAUACUCCUACCUAAUUUUUACAGCUCUUUGUGGAGAUAAUUGGGGAUGGGAGCAGUUAGGAGGAGUAAGGCCAGUUUUAUAUUUUUAAAUAAAGUGUUUUUAUCUGUCUGUCCUGGAUGUGGCCUGGUGGAAAAGGGCUGGAGGGAUGAAGGGGAUGCCUAGCUGAGCAGAGUAAAGUGUGACACACUCCGGA